GCCAAUCUCGUCACCGAUCCGCUCCGGGCUGCCUCGAGGUCUCUCUCCCUCUUUCCCCUUUGUGGCGAAGAAGAAGGCAAGUGAGAGAGAAUCGAAGGGCGAGCUAUACUCAGCUGAAUCGGUGGAAAUCUAGAGCGGAUCGAAUCCAGAAGAAAUCUCCUCUCCUCGCCCUUUUUCUCGCCCGUCACUGCAAGCUGGAAAUAUACCCCAUCGAAUCCAGAAAGUGGUUUUGCGGUUCGAUCCUUGUGCUCGGUCAUCUAGGGUUGUAAGAUCGAUACUCUGCAUGCGCAGCGAUGGCUUCUCUUUACCCGUGUCACUUCAGUGCUGUCCAGGUUGGUGCGUAUUUCUUGGAGCAUUACUAUGGGAUUCUCCAGCAGCAGCCGGAACUAGUACACCAGUUCUACACGGAAGGGAGUUCAAUGGUGCGUGUUGAUGGGACUGCAACAGAAUCUGCGACUGGGAUGGUGCAAAUUCAUCAUCUUGUUAUGUGCCUUAAUUUCAAGGGGAUAGAGAUUAAGUCUGCCCAUUCUUUGGAGUCUUUGAAUGGUGGAGUUUUGGUGAUGGUUUCUGGUUAUGUGCAGUUGGAGGAUUAUAGUAUUAGGAGGAAAUUUGUGCAGACCUUUUUUCUUGCUCCUCAAGAGAAAGGAUAUUAUAUUCUCAAUGACAUGUUUCACUUCCUUGAGGAGGAACAUAUUUUUGAGCACCCUGCGACCCUUGUAUCUCAGACUGAUUUUGGGACCAAGUUAAACAUGUCGAGUCCUGUACCAGAAGCAGUUCCUGACUAUAUACUACAAGAUGAAGUUCAGGCUCAGGACUUGUUGUCUCUAGUGCAGGCGGAAGAAAAUGACACAGUAGAGAAUUAUAGCAUCCCUGAAGCACCACAACAACUUCCAGUUUUGGAUGAACGAUUAGGUGAAUCUUUUGCUGAAGAGACUGUGCCAUAUCCAAUUGCCUUGGAGACCACAAGAGAUCCACCUCCUGCAACCGCUGAAGAACCUGUUGGAGAGCCAACUAAGCACACAUAUGCCUCCAUUCUUCGGGCUAAAGGCCAAUCUGGUCCAUCUAUGCAUCCAUCACCUGUAGUAAAGACAUCUCUGGUGGGUUCAGAACAGGCCCAUUCCUUUUCCCAACAAUCCCAUCCUGCUAUUUUUCCUGAGAAUACUGGCUCCGAGGCAAUUGAGGAGGCUCUAGUAGUUGAGGAUGAAGUUGAUUCCAGAUCUGUUUAUGUUGGAAAUCUUCCUUCAUCUAUCUCGACUUCAGACCUUGAGCAAGUCUUUAAGAAUUUUGGUAAAUUGAGACCAGAUGGUGUUUUUAUUAGAAGCCGGAAGGAGUCUGAUGUUUUUUAUGCUUUCAUUGAAUAUCAAGAUGCCAUUGGUGUACAAAAUGCACUUAAGGCAUCUCCAAUACAGUUAAAUGGGAGAUUGAUUCAUGUCGAGGGGAGAAGACCUAAUAGCGGUGUAUCACGAGGAAGAAGGGGCAGAGGCAGAGGAUACCCAUCUGAGGCCUCAGGAGGACGUGUUGGUGGUCGAACUUUUGGGCGAGGUAUCAGGCAAGAUAGCAAUGACAAAGACUAUAUUAGUCGGGCAAGGGGAAGUGGAUACGCUCAACCAAUUCAAGAAAGAGACUAUUAAAUUGAGAGAGUGCCACCAAAAAGAGACUAUUAAAUGCUAAUGCUCCAGCUCCAGAAGGGAUGUCAACGAGCUUCAUUAGUUGUUCCCUAUUACAUGGAAAUAUUUCUUUGUUUCCAGAUGUUUGACUCUAAGAAAUGUCAAGACCUGCCCUUGAGGUUUCUCGGAUUUCAAAUUUAUUCCAAUUAAUUGGCUGCAUUUAGAUUUGAUUGCA